AUGGCUUCCAAGGACAAAUCAUGCAACGAAGCAGGUGCGCGGCGCGCAGGCAGCACGGACGGCAAGCGCGUCCUGUGCGCGUUCGACAACUCGGACGCGGCCGCGCGCGCGCUCCAGUUUGCGGUAGACAAGCUGGUGGACCCGGAGAAGGGCGACAGGAUUGUACUCUUUCAGGCGAUACAAGACACUCGGGAUUUUGCAGGCCUCGAUGAGGAUGGGAUGACCGUGGUGAAGGACCUGCUCAAGCAAGAGUGCCUCUCCAACGUCGAGAAUCUCAAGUGCAAACUUCCGGUCGAGACGGAGGCGGUGGUCCUGGUGGGCGAUCCCCGGGUGCUCAUCCCCGACUACGUCGAGAAGCACCCUGUGGACCUGGUAGUGGUCGGUAGGCGCGGCCGGGGGAUGUUCAAAAGUAUGGUGCUGGGCAGUGUGAGCAAUUACCUGGUCAGCCACUCCCCGGUACCUGUCGUCGUUGUCGGGGGAACCUGUCCCAAGGAGCGCAAGGAGAAGGCCAGUGACCGGGGGGAGGCCCGGGACGAAAGCAGCCACGAUAGGAUGCGGGGGGAUCCCCCAAGCGGGCCCCUUGUUGGAUCCGUCUUCAUGUAG